CUGUCAAGCGGACAGCUUGAAGGUUGUCUCCUGCAAGUCCUGCUACACAUACACACUCGCAUGCAAAUACAGCCACAGAUACGUGCACUAAUAUACGAAAUCAAUAUUAAUGAGCCAUUAAACGCAGUCUCAAGCUGCUUUUAAUGACUGAGCUGUCGACUUGGCUUGAAGCGGAAAUUGAAUAGCCACAACGUAGAACGAAUCACGACGGAUGUAGCUCCAGUGCCGAGCAGGAAAUCGCAUUAGCAUUAGCAUCAACAUCAACGAGCUCAACUGAUUCCUUUUAAAAGUCAGAGACCAUACAACCGAACCCUAAGCCCUCAGCCCCAAACGGAAGUUUUAGCGUAAUGCCUUGCGCCUGAUGAGCUGUCGAGCAUGGGCUGCUCUAAUUCCAAGUCCACGACAACGAUAGACGAGACAGCAAAAACAAGGCCUAACAAAAUGGACGCCUUGCCCAAGCAGGAAUACCCGCCCUCUGAGGCAUUCACCAUACCCCUCGACGAUGCCGCUAAUGCAACAAUCCAGUUGAACGACACGUUGCGAAAGCCACCCAAGAGACUGCAGCAGCUAAUGCAACAAGCCGCCGAUACGGAACCACUCACACUCGACGAGAUAGACGAUAAACAGCAGCGAGCCGAGGCUCGUCGCCAGGAGCUAAUGCAGCAGAAGCUGGAGGCCAUUCAGAAGAAUACGCAGAUGCUAACGCGAGAGCACACUUUCGAAGAGGAACAAACCAGAAAUCCAGAGCAGGAGCACCAAGACUCUACUGACAAUUAAGUCACCCCUGGUCGUUAGCAUUACCAAACCACACCUUUCACAUUUACCCGCUUUAUCUAGUAGAGGGUCAAUGGACAGAAUUCAAUACACGA